CUAUAAAAGCCAGAGCGACGAGGCAGUUCGCCAACAUUGUACAAUCAGCCAGAGAAGUGAAAAGUCUAUAAAGAAUACAGAGUGAAGAGAAGUUACAUUUGAAUUGCAUAAGACGGUGUAAACACAAGUGAUUCAGCGGAUAUUGAACUGCCAGAUUUGGAUUUUAUCAGUGCCAGACACACGCCAAGAAGGAUCAUCAGAGCCACGGUGAUAGUCAGUAAGCUGGCACCGCAUUCCGAAUUCAUAUCCCUGAGACGUGAAUCGAGAGAGAGAAUCAUGGUAUUGGAGGAGAAAUCACUGGAACCUGUUGAAAUGGGUCGCAAGCCGCAGAAUCUCGGACGGACGGUCCGGAAUGUGUUGCUGAGGGCGCAAACGGACAAGAGGACAAUUGUGGGUGUGGCGGCAGCGGUGAAGACACUCUCAUCUGCCCCCGAGGAUGCCCUGUUCUGCUUCCUGGCGCCGCCAUCCGCCGGCGACAGCGCCACACACAUGCAGGAGGUGCUGCUGCAGGCCUUCUGCUUCGAGAAUGACAUCUACAUCAUCAAGCUGGACAGCAGUGACAAGCUCAGUCGCAUCCUGGGCUCACACACCCUGGAAUCCUGCGCCCUGGUGCAGAAAUCCUGGCAGCAGGACGAAGAAGUGCUCACGACAGCCGAAGAAGACCUCGUAGAUCACUGCGAAGCCUUCUGGGAUGCCCCAAGCCAGCCCGUGGUGCGCCUCCCUGAGCUGUGAACGCCUUCGUGGAAGCCUGGGAUGGAAUCCCAGUUGGUGCAGAAAACAGACAUUUGACAAUGGAUCCAAAGGGUCGCGCCUAAACCACCCUUUUGCUCCUUCGUCAGAAGACAAUCAUUCCCCCCUGUGGAAUAUCCUCAUCAUGAGUCAUCUUCCUCAUCAGCCAGUGAUCAUGGAUGGCAAAGACAUCCUGAAAGCGCAUCACUCAACUGAAGAGAUAACAAGAAGAGAGAAAUUUCCACGAGAGAAACCAACAUUUGAGAGAAUUUCACAAUAUUGUCGAAUCUCCCAAAAUUUAAAUGGCACGCAGCAAAUUUUUCAAACUAUUGCUUAAUGUUCGAAUGUUUCUAAGAAGUAGAUAUACGUUAGAGUUUGAACACAGUAGAUUGCCGGAGGAAAAGAAAAUUGUCACUACCAUUGGCUUGAAAGCCACCAAAGAAACAGAUAAGAAAGAUAUUGAAUAAUCAGGCAAUAAUUAAUGUAAAAUGUAGUCCUUAUGGCCAAGUCUGAUGGCCCUAAAAUACUCAAAGAAAAAAAAACAAUUGUGUAAUGAAAUGAAUAAAUAAGAAAAUUACUCAAAAGAAAAA